AUGGCAGACUUCCUCCGGAACCCCAGGGUUCUCGAGGCUGAUAUCAUCGCGAUCCAGGAGCCGUGGGAGAACCCAUACACCGAAACAACGCACCAUCCAGCGAAAGCAACGCACGAGCUCGUCUAUCCGACUACCAACGAGACUGACGGCGAGAGAACCCGUGUCUGCAUGCUAGUUUCGAAGAAAAUUGGCCAGUGGACGCACCACGCGCAUGGGAGAGAUGCUCAAGAAGUGAGAUUUAGGGUAGGCGAGAAAGGUGAGCAGAGAGAGCUCAGGGUCUUCAAUAUAUAUAACCCAGUUGGGUCUAUUGAGACGAUCCUGAAGCUCGAGGAUAUGCUCGACAAGAAGGGCUGUAUUGUUCUUGGAGACUUCAACCUCCAUCACCCAGCGUGGGGUGGAGAUAACGCUAUCCAGGACGCAAAUGCGGAUGCUCUCAUUGAACUAACCGACUCGGCCGAUCUGGACCUCUGGUUGGCCCCCGGCACUAUUACCCGCGACGAAGCAGGCCAUCAGACUUCCAUAGACCUCGUCUUUGGGUCUCAUGACCUAUCUGAACGUUUCCUUACAUCGGAGAUCGCCCACGAGUGUCAUUCACAUUCUGACCACCUCCCAAUACGAACGAUACUCGACAUUCAGACCACUACCCCCGCUAGCACACCUAAACGGCGCAACUGGAAGGCCAUGGAAACAGAGAAGUUCGACAAAUUCGUUGCUGCGAAUCUCCGCAUGCCGUUGCUAACGCAACUCGGUACUCCACAACAAAUCGAUACGGCGGUGGAUCACUUCAUGGAUGUGAUCAACCGGGCCGUGGAUGAAUCUACCCCAUGGGCCAGACCUAGCCAAUACGCCAAUCCGUCGUUUACAGGUGAAUGUCGAGAAGCAGUGAAAGAGACCCGACGUCUAUUUCGACGUUAUAUCGCCACACAUAACGAGGAAGACUGGGAGGUCUACAAAUUGGCAAGAAAUCAGAAGGGACGGAUCAUAAAAAGAGCACUAAGGUCGGGAUUCCGUGAAUUUGUCAAGGAAGCCAUCAGCCAGGGCCCCCAGGGUCUCUGGCGGAUGUCUAAAUGGGCAAGGAAUCGAGGCCAGGACCAAAGCAACAGCGUUAUGCCUCCGUUAAAGACGGUGGAUGGCAUUGCCGAAACAACCGACGAGAAAGUCCAGGCGUUACGUGAGGUCUUCUUCCCAGCACCCCCGGAAGCAGACCUCUCGGACAUUGAAGACACUCGAAACCAACCUAAGAAGCCUCGGAUCAGCUUCCCACCUAUCACGGAACAAGAACUGGCUGAUUCGAUACGCCGUGCACCUCCAAACAAAGCUCCAGGAGCUGACGGCAUUCCUAAUAAAGUGUGGAGACUGCUAGCAGGCGAAUCAGCCUCACAGCGAGUCUUCCUCUCCACGAUUCUCGACAUCUUUAAUGCUUGCCUGCGCGUUGGCCACAACCCACAGCACUUUCAGACCUCGAUCACAGUGACGCUGCGUAAGGCUGGAGCUAGAGACUACCGCCUGCCGAAGGCGUAUCGGCCCGUGGCGCUUCUUAAUACGCUUGGCAAGAUCCUCGAGGCUAUCAUAGCAACGAGAAUUGCCUGGGCCGUUGAAAAGCAUCAGCUACUUCCUGAUACUCACCUCGGCGGGAGAAAAGGCGUCUCUGUGGACCAUGCUAUCCAGCUGAUCUUAGAUAGGGUCCACACGGCUUGGGGAAGGGGCCGAAAGGCAAGCAUGCUCUUACUAGACGUUGCUGGCGCGUACGACAACGUCUCACAUAAAAGACUUCUCCAUAACAUGCGUCAAAUGAGGCUCGGAGAGCUAGCACCAUGGGUGCAAGCUUUCCUAACCGGCCGGAGUACGCGUAUUCGACUUCCCGGCCACCUUAGCAACGCAUUUCCCACACCGACAGGGAUCCCACAAGGAUCUCCGAUAUCGCCAAUUCUCUUCUUACUAUUCAAUGCCCCACUAGUCAAAGGCUGCUCAUUUCCGACUGGCUACGGCCACACUGAGGCCUUUGGUUGGGUGGAUGAUGUCUGCAUUCUAGCUGUUUCAAACAGCUACGAAGAGAACGUAUGGCUCAUUGAAACCGCUCUCGAGAGAGCUGGCCAAUGGGCCAAACGUCAUGCAGCAAGGUUUGCACCUGACAAGUUCGAACUAAUCCACUACAGUAACCCACGUAUCGAGCCUUCCGCGAUCCCUCCGAGUCCUCCGUCCGAAUACGAUGUCUGGGCUAUGCCUGAUGACCCCUGUGGUCACGAUCAGAUGCCGGUGGCAAUGCCAGGAAGCGAACCAGUCACAAUCCAGCCCUCAGAACAAGCUAAAUACCUCGGCAUUUGGCUCGACAAACAACUCAGUUUUAACGUACACCGCAAGAAACUGAUGGCUAAGGCCGCCGGCAGCCUAGAAGCCCUUCGCGGCAUUUCAGGGUCUACGUGGGGGGCAUCACUGAUGUCUAUGCGUAAGCUAUAUCAGGCUGUCAUUGUGCCGCAAGCUCUCUGGGGUAUCUCUGCCUGGUACUGCCCUGCCGCGCGCCAGAUGCCAGCCUGGGAAAUGGCCCGACUGGUCAAUGAGCUUAUAAAGCUUCAAAAGCGCGCGGCGAUUCUGAUCAGUGGAGCUUUCAAGAGUAUCUCCACUGCCGCGCUCGACAUCGAACUCUUCCUACUACCCAUGAAGUUACGCCUACAACAAAGCAUCGAAGAAUGCGCCAUUCGCAUUCUUACUGGACCUCAGUGGGCCUGUCCCCGUUCGGCAAAAAUAGCCAGGAAGCCGGCUGAACGCCGAGAAGGUGGAUGGACACCUCUGGAAGCACUGGUUUGGAAGAAGGGACCGCUCAAAUUGAGCAUGAAGAACAAGGACUGUGCGGAGAAAUGGGAAGAAAAGGUUGCAUUUGUACUGCCACCCUGGGAGAGACGAAUCUCAUGCUUCAUUGAACCCUCGGAGGCUGCAUUGGUAACCUAUGGCUCCAUUAUCCAACAGAAGAGGACACAGGAAGACACGGCUUCCUUGAUAUAUACCGACGGCAGUGGCUUCGAAGGCCACAUUGGUGCAGCCGCCGUCAACAUCCAUGACGGUGACACCGUCAUCUCCGACCGCAGGCAUCUCGGCACGGAGAGCCAGUCCACGGUGUACGCUGCCGAGCUCAGCGGCAUCGAAAUGGCAUUGGACAGGGCCAUACGCGACAACAAGGAGACAACCACAAAGGCUCGAGAAGUGAUACUUUUCUCCGACAGCCAGGCUGCUAUUCAAGCAGUCCAGAACCCACAGCGACCAUCGGGUCAGUACGUGCUUAAGCUGCUAUACUCCCACGUACGGACCCUUCGGUCACUACCACGACCGAUAUCUAUUACCCUCCGUUGGAUCCCCGCUCACGUCGGGGUGCCUGGCAAUGAAGCUGCCGACGGCAAUGCGAAAUGCGCGGCCCUCGAAAGUGCGGGAGGUGCGACUGGCGGAGCGGAUCAACCGAUCAUCCGGCUUGCCGCCGCGGCAAAACGGAUGGUCCGAGAGAGGACCCAGGACCGUUGGAAGAAGCAGUGGGAGAACGAGAGGACCGCUCAGCCCACGAAGCGAUUAGUGGAAUGGCCGAAUAAGAAGGUAUUGCGUCUAUACGAAUGCCUAUCGAAACCACGGUCUUCGAUCAUGAUACAAAUGCGGUCAAUGCGUAUUGCGCUGCGACACUUUUUGUACAAGAUCAAUGAAGUGGAGACUGAUAAGUGCCCCUGUGGAGAGGGCUCUCAAACGCCGAGGCAUGUCUUGCUUCAAUGCCAGACGUACGGCGAGCUAAGAAAGCGUCUAUUUGACCAGUUGCAUCGAGCAAUUGGACCAUUCGAUAUGUCGAAUUAUGACAGCAUUGUUUCUAACCCGCUGGCAACCCGCUACGUUGCCAAAUUCAUGCACCAAACCGGUCUUCUUGCCCAGUUUCAACAUGCUGAUCAGGAAGAAUCCGAUGAUGAAGCUGAAGACCUCAACCUCGAGGUCAUGGAGCAGAGUCCCGAAGACGCUGGGCACUACCUAAUGCUUGCCAACACCGUCGAGGGUGGAGAGAACCUCGAUGAGCUAUUCGAAUAUACGCUGCCUGACUGGGCAGUGAACAACGAUAAUCAGCAAUCGAGGCUGAAGUGA